AUGUGCUUCCCACGGGUCAACAAUUGGAUCUUUCUCCUUCUAUGGCUAGCUGUGCUUCUCCACCUCGGAAACGGCUCGUUGCCCACUCCCAGUCCAGUAUCACCCGCACAGGUGCCAACGCCACACACAUUCCGCUUCCAGAAUCCCCAGCAGUGCCUCAAGAAUGAGUACUACAACCUCAACCUCUUCGACUGUGCCCCGUGCAAUGAGGUGGGACUGGGUCAUGGUGAUGGGGGCUUGGAGAAACUGCAGCCAGACAAAUUCUCUUGCAAAUGUCCCAUUGGCCAUUUAACCAUCUACGAGCGGGGCAAACAGUGGCCCACCUGUGAUGAAAUCUGUACUCCGGACAGGAGCGACAACUGCACUUCCGUGUGGCUACCUCAGCCGCGUCCCUCCUCAUCGGUCUGCACUUAUCGGUACCUGAAUGCCACGUCCGUUUUCGCCAGCCAGCUGCCAGUGCAUCCUAUUAUUACGGGAAUUAUCCUGACCAAGACGAAUCCGUCCUCCCAAGAAGGAGACUGUCGCACUUGCGAUCUUAACUACAAUUUCCGCUUUCAGGACUUUUGUAUAGCCAGCACUCUGCUCCGCCCGUAUAUGCAUUACAAUUCCUUUUUGCAAGCCACAUCCAAUGCUCCCUCCAACUUCGGUGACCUUAAGUUUGUGGCCUUCUUCUGUCUGACCCUGCGAAACGAUACUGCCUGCCAGCAUUUGGCGAAUCUUUGCGUGCUGUCGCAUUUCUCGCUGGAGAAGCAUUCGCCGUGCAGCGCCUUUCUGCUCACCCAGGUCUCAGACGUGGUCAUGAAGUACGCCCACACCGGGGAGCAGGCUCGGGCUCUGCAACCGUUCCUCUUCUACAAAAAAGGUCGCGUCACCAAGGAGCUGCUGUCGAAAACCCUUCAGUUGGCAGAUCGCAAGGAUCUGCGCCUCUUCAGCACCACCUUUGGAUUGGGUGGAAAUCUUAAGCGUUGGGGCUCCUUCGACCUGGAGGCUGUGAAUCUUUGUCAGCAGGAAGCACCUUCCUUGCAGCUCUCCUUGCCAAAGGAUAAGUCGGAGAUUUCCUGUAGGUUGACUCUCGAGCGGCUCAUAGAUCUGGUUACUCAGCAGGACAACGAUGAGUUCUUCACAGUGUACCUGAACUUUAGCAGCAACUGGCAGUUUCUGCUCCACCAACUGCCAGUGCUCAUUGAAACCCUAACACCAGAGAAUCAGCGAAAUCAACCGGAAGAGUGGCAGUUGGUCAAGAGAUUUCAACUCAUUUCCGCCUCUCCACGAGACAAUCGUCUCCAAAAGUCUUCAGUCCCCCGUUACGAGGAUGCCCACAAGUUGCAGAUGUACCGCUCCCUGCGCUAUGUGGAGGAUCUGGAGAUCCAUUACAGCGUAGACAAGGAUCAGCCGGAUAGAGUGGGCCUUCCGCUCAUCCGGCUGCAGUAUCGCCACAUCGAAUUGGGCACUGGAAACAGUUCCCUUUCCCAGUCCUAUCCUUUCCGCUUAAGGAUAAGCUAUCAGCAAGUGAAACGAGGCUGGGAAUGGUUAGUCCUGGAAGUGGCGCUGCCCCUGCUCUUGCUGCUGGCCCUUGCGGCUGCUGUCUUCCGCCUCCAAAAUCUGCGAAGACGACGAAAGACCGACCUCUGUCAGAUGAGCAGCCUGCUGGAAUUUCUCCUGCAUUUCGCCGGAAAUGUGGCGUAUGCAUUAUUGGGAACUGCUCUCCUGCUUCUCGUCCUGCAAACAUCCAACGCACGGCUUCUGAAGUUACUCAUUUAUACUGCCUGCCUGCUUCAGUUCCUCUUCCUGGUCAUCCACCUGUGGCGUUCCAGCCAGCUGGAGUUAUUCCUCAUCGACUGGGAGCGGCCGAGAAGCAGCUGCGAGGGCCAGCGCCUGAACCUGGACAGCUCUUCCCUAUGCUCCAGUGUCCGCACUUUCGUGGCCGAGAGCAGUGUCUCCGCCUGGCGAGUCCUCUUCACGGCCAACGCCUGGAUACGACUCAGUGUGAAACAAAAGUACUCCACCUUGGGCCAGGUGUUUGUCGCAAUCGCUGCCUAUCAGUUUCUUGAUCGAUUCACCCACGGGGAACUGGGUGGCCGCUGCUUCCUGAUAGCCUCCUGCUACCUGCUCACCUAUUUUCUGCAAGUGCUGGUCCAUCGACUCCUGGUUGCCAAUCCCCUUCAGAAGUUCAUCGACCUCUGCAGUCUGGCCAACAUAUCUUUGUUCUCGUUGACUGAGCCGGGGUUUGGCUACUACAUCCAUGGCAGAUCCCCGCAUGGCUUCGCUGACACGGACAUGUCCUCUAUGAUCCUGCAGCUGCAAAGGACCCAGACCAUGUACGGACGUCGGGGAUUACUCAUGGACUCCGACAAGCAGGCAUACAUCAUCCUGCCGCCCAGAAACUUGCAUAUCUACCUGGAGCGUCUGCUCCUGCCCUUUCAGCGCAGCCUAACCAGCAGUCUAUCCCAGACGCUGCUCUACCAAAAGGACAUGGUGCCCAGUGUGGAUGGCCAAAUGGAGCGUACUUCCAUAGCCUAUGCGAGUGUUAAUCGCUUCUUCUGUGCCUUUAUUGAUCAUGCCAUCAAGGACAUGGACUACAUAAUCAAGGAGAAGUCCUUUGUGGAGCAAUUUCUAAACUGCGAAAUCGAUAACUAUAUUACUGAGAAUAAGGGAACUUUCUACAUUGACGAUUCCCUGAGCUUCUCCAGGGUGCUUCUGCUGGGAAAUCAUCUAAACAUCUUUGUCCUGGAGCUACUUACUCUUCUAUCCCUCUACCUGUUGACCACCAACUUCCUUAUUGCAGCUGCUGGAGCUAGUAUAUUCAAUAUGAUACUAAGCUUUGUGUAUCGAUAUUGGGUGCGCCGCAAUGUCUCUCGAAAGACCCUCAUCGACGAGAGAUUCCUCUUGUAGCCCCAGGAUGAAGAGCAGCACCUGAGGGAAGACGGUUUCUUUGCAAUAUGAAGGAAACAUAGGGGAUCAUUUAAGGUUUGCCAUUGGUUUUAUUUCAUAAUCCACUCGAUAGAUAGCACACAUUGUCGUUCAUUUGGGAACAUCGUACAUCGAUUCAUGCAUGGCUAUAUAAUUUCAUGAAUAGGUUUUCCACUUGUCGUCUCCAUCGUGGCAUUGAUAGGAUUAGCAGCCGUAGUUUACCAUCUAGUUUUCGCCUAUUUCUAGUAGUCCAGUGAGGAUUAUGUUCGUGUCUGUUCUUUGUGUCUUGCAUUUGAAAGAGUUUAUGAAAAUAUUUGUCAUCUCGGAUUUGGGUUAGGCUUUAGUUUAGAUCCGUGAUCGUAGACAACCGUACACACACCCAUUUAAAGAUACUUUUAUAUUGUAUGUGUUUAA